AUUUCUAUAGUUAUUAUAGAUUUGUAGGGUUAUUCAGAAGUCUUUCAGGUAAGAGUCUAGUUCGUUCCAAUAACAGUCGCAAUAUGAAAUGCUUCUCGAGUUUAACUAUUUUCUCUACUAUUUUCAUAGUUUGCAUGACAAUCCAAAUUAUUUAUGCUAGACCAAAUGAUUUGGCUGCAAAACUUGAAAAACUAUUGCGUGAUCCAGAAAAUGAUGACAAAUUUAAUGAGAUUGGUGCUUUUGAAGAGGAAAAAAAUUAUAGUUAUGAAGGCUCUGGAUAUUCCCCUACUAAUUCCCCUAUUAAUGUUGUAACGCCACGAUUCUAUACAACCAAAGAACCAACAACUGAAAGUACUUUAAGGGUCGACUUUUCAAGCCAAAGACAGCGUAUGUUUACUCUUUUAUCAUCAAUGUUUGCAUAUAUGAUGGCUUCAUUGCAAUUUUUUAAUUAAAAAUUAAAUUUAACGCAUUUUAAUAAUGAUUUCAGUUAAAGAUAUAUAUAAA